AUGAGCGUCUCGAGAAACAUCGCUGACGUCCUCCAGCGCGUCGCGAGCGCGUGCGCGCGAAGCGGUCGGGAUGGUGGAUCCGUGAGAGUGGUCGCCGUGAGCAAAACAAAGCCGAGCGACGCGGUCAAGGCGUGUUACGAUGCGGGACAUCGUUCGUUCGGUGAAAACUACGUGCAAGAGUUGAUCGAUAAGGCGCCGACGCUUCCGGAUGACGUGCGAUGGCACUUCGUCGGACACUUGCAGAGUAACAAGGCGAAGGCGUUGUUGGAGGGGGUACCGUCGUUGGCGAUGCUGGAGACGAUCGAUAGUGAGAAAUUGGCGAAUAAGGUGAACAACGCCGUUCCAGAGCGCCGGGCGAACGCGCUCGACGUCAUGGUGCAGGUGAACACGUCGGGGGAGGAGAGUAAGCACGGAUGCGAACCCGCGGAUGCAGUGAAAUUGGCGAGACACAUCGUCGAUAACUGCCCGCGAUUGCGUUUCGCGGGACUGAUGACGAUCGGGAUGCCCGACUACACGUCCAGGCCGGAGUGCUUUGAGACGCUCGUAGAGUGUCGGCGACAGGUGUGCGCCGAGCUCGGGCUCGAUGAGAGCGCGUGCGAGCUCAGCAUGGGUAUGAGCGGUGAUUUUGAACAGGCGAUCGAGAUGGGGAGCACGAACGUUCGAGUCGGGAGCACAAUCUUUGGCGCGCGAGAGUACCCGAACAAGGCGUGA